GGAGUGGAUCGCCAAGUCGAGACCCGUAUGCACAAGGUUGAGACACAGUUUGGCUCCCAGGAUGGCAGGAAUUCGAAGCUCGAAAAACAAAUCGCCUUCCUGCAGAAGGAGCUCCACGUCGUUCAAAACGAGCCCCCGCCAGUUAAGGUCCCCACCCCGAACUCCUUCGACAGGCCUGCAGACCCUACCAUUUUUGUGGUCCGAUCCAAGGACCUUGUCACUCACACUGCUGCACGUAAAGCCAUCACCCCGUGGUUCAUGGAAGCCAACCUGGGCGUGGACGACUACCAACUCAACGAAUUGCCGACUGGUGGGCGGACCGACCUCUACGUAUCUGUGGACAAGAGCCACUGCACCAUUCGCCGUGUUCUCGGCACGAAGAUCAUCCGCCGUAAAUUCGAAACCGCCUACCCCGACAAGCGUUUCUACGUGGACAAGGAUCGCGGCGAGGUCUCCCUCGCCUGGAAGAAGCUCAUUCGGUACUCUCCUGCGCCUGCUGGCUCCCUGCCGACUGUGGAGUGGAACAUCCCGAGCUUGCUGUCCCUCGGCCUGGACAUGCGCGUGCUCGAGGCACGCAUCUCUGCUGCUUUCACCCCGCCUGCUGGAGAUGAAGAUCAAUG